UCUGUAACCGUUCGAGCGAAAUCUUCAAUGUCAUGUGCACACCACCAUCUGCCGGCAAAUCAAAUGGGCACUAUACACCACGAAGAUCUUCUCAGCACGUUGAUUCCUUCAAUAGAUUGUUUGGAUCUGCGGAUAUGAAGAGAUCUCUGCCAAGGAGGGCUUCUUUGACCAACCAAGAUGUUACUAAUCGUAAUCCAGUGACUGGAAAUGGUGUAAAAUCUUAUGACAGCAAACCCACUAGUCCUCGAAUCCAUACAGAACGAAACCCAGUCACUGGUGAAAGCUACACCAUCAUCAGCCCUGCUUCCACUCCAACCAAGCCGAUGCAAAACGGAUUCGCCCACACUAACGGAACUUCCACCCCUAUGCAGAACGGCAACGCCACCCCCCAGUUGAACGGAAACUCCACCCCCAACGGACACGCCUAAACGUUGAUACCCCCCCCCCACAAAUUUAACAAGAAACCAAAAA